AAUCAAUGAACCACGUGCUGAAGUUUCUUGGUAUCAAGGUCGUGGUAAUAUAUGAAGCGUUUUACAAAAGGUUUGGUCAUUCCGGGAAAUCAGUCACGGGAAACGGAACUUCCUCACAGCUUGUUUUUGUUUCAUACCGGAUAUCAUUGUCAGUUACUACUGCGAAAAAAAGAUUACUGAGUGGUCUUGAAGCAACAACACAAAAGCUGAGCGUAAAGUAAAGGCAGCAAAUUGUUACCGAGGUAAUCAAGAGAUUUGAUUGUUCAAUUUUUACUGGUAUUCAAUUGGACCCAUUGGGAGAUUAUUGGAUUAGUCAUCAAUUCAAAAACCCAAGGAGCAAUGAGAUUUGAUCCUGAACAACUUUACUUUUUCAAGCUUGUUCUUGUUAUGUUUUACAUGGAAGAAUUAUUGCAAUUGUGGAAGGAGAAGUUGUGGGACCCUUCAAAGGCUUUCCUUUACUUUAAUUGUGCUGAAUUUCGUAGAGGUAAGAGCCCCACAAGAAAUGACGAGGAGAGAGAAUUAUGUAAUCAUGGUACAUCUAAAUCUUGCUGGGAACAAAAGCAUACAGAUCUAUAUGGAGCCAGUCUUAAAGAAGAAACUAAUGAUGAUGAGUCAUUACAGGAGUUACCUGUCAAUGCCCCUCCUAAUGGAAUACGUCAUGAUCAUGUUCAGUGCAGGUCAAGAAACCAAGUUGAGAGGAAGGUAGCUUCAGCUGAAGGUCAGUUCCACUUGUUAAGAAAUAAAGAUUGUUUUGAGGCAAAGGCUGAAGUGAUUAAGGAAGACACCUUUGAAGAAAAAGUUAAUGAUAAUGAGUCAUUACAGGAGUUACCUGUCAAAGCCCCUCCUAAUGGAAUAUGUCAUGAUCAUGUUCAGUGCAGGUCAAGAAACCAAGCUGAGAUGAAGGUAGCUUCAGCUGAAGGUCAGUUCCACUUGUUAAGAAAUAAAGAUUGUUUUGAGGCAAAGGCUGAAGUGAUUAAGGAAGACACCUUUGAAGAAAAAGUUAAUGAUGAUGAGUCAUUACAGGAGUUACCUGUCAAAGCCCCUCCUAAUGGAAUACGUCAUGACCAUUUUCAGUGCUGGUUAGGAAACCAAGCUGGGAACAAGGUAGCUUUAGCUGAAGAUCAGUUCCACUUGUUAAGAAAUAAAGUUUGUGUUGAGUUAAAGGCUGAAUUGAUUAAGAAGGAUGCCUUUGAUACUCUUAUAGAAAAAACAAAACACACCUUUAAUAUGAUUGAAAAAGAUACUUCCAGAAUUGAUGAAAUUGUUGAGAUGGGUGAGGAAGACUUUCCUGCAGAUAAGAUUCAAUUAUUGCGAGAGAAACUGGAGGAAGAGAGGAGUUGUGCCAAACAAUCUCAAAAGGGUAACCCAAACAAAGUCAAAUCUGGAGAUGAUUCAUCAAACUCUUGGUGUGCUAAUGAAGAGGGGCUUAAUAAGACUAUGUUAUCAUUUACCUCUGAGGCUUCAUCCCUAAACUCGGUUCCUUCACCAUCUGCAUCUGAGGAAGCAGCUGGAGAAUUGACAGAGAAUACUUAUCAAGAGGAUUAUGCUAGUUCUAGGCCUUUAUCUGAUAGUUCAGCAGAGUUACAGGCUGACUUUUAUGAGAUGUCAAGUUAUGAAGAAGGUUUACUGUCAAAGGAAAAUCAUCUUGACACAGAAAGUGUGGCUGUGAAAGAUAGGCUUGAACAGAGAGACCAAGAGUUCAAACAAAGGAGACAGCCAAAUUGUAUAUGUGCUUGCCAUCAAAGCAAUGAUAUUGUUGCUAAGCAGUUGCAAGUUAAAAUUGAGGAUCUUCUCCAUAAACUAGAUCAGUUACAAGCUGAGAAUAUAUUCUAUGUGGAUCGUUGUCUUAAACAAGAGGAGGAAAUAACUCGGUUGAAAGAGAAUUUGACUCAAAUUGAAGAGGAAAAACAAGGACUUGAAUCUGAGGUGGGAAGACAGCUAUUUCUUGAAGGCAAAAAUAAACGUCAUAGUAAGCUUUAUCAGCCAUUUACUGAACACUGUGAUGAGCAGAUUAUGCCUAAUACAGCCAGUGGUGCCUCUUUUGAUGUUACUGGUUUGGACGGAGAACAACUUGAUAUAGCAGGUCCUUGUGACAAUUCAGAUAUUUACAAAGCUGACUCACCUAGCGGGAGGUGUGGUUUUGCUUCAAGCUGUUCACAGUCUUCAUCCAGCUCUGCUGUUAAUGUGCAAUCUUUGACUAAAGAUUCUCACUGUGGUGCUUCAACAAUCAAAUUAAAUCCUGAUCAUCAUGCUUUGAAGACAUGGAAAAAUUCUGGUGAGAGUGCAUUUGAUAUCACAAAUGGUGAGGAGGAGAAGCAAGAAAGGUCUGUGUCUUUAAUACUGACAGAUGGAUGUUUUGAAAGUGAAGAAGGGAAAGGAAGGAAUGCUUCCAAGGAGGAAGGAGGAAAAGAUGGCUGUGGUAACUCUACUAGCAUCUGUGAUGGUGCAGUAAAUGCAUCUUAUUUGAUUCCGCACUGUAAUACUGUGGAUGUUGUAGAUGGUCCUGGUUGUACUUCAAGUAGAGCACCAGAUAGUUUAAAGCUUAAAAAUAUAUCUGAUGUGAGUCAUGUUUCUCUUCCACCUGGAGGCAUGCCUCAGAAGCAAAAUGUAUCAUCUGCAACAGCUACUGCUCAAAAAAGUGCAGUCCUUGUGCAGCCUGAUUCUUGCACAAGCAAUCAAUCAAAUACAUGGGAGCAUGCAGGGGCUAGACCAAAAAAUGCUACUCAGAAGCAAAAUUUUUCACAUGUAAAGAUCACUGCCAAAAAAGAGUCAGCCAUAGAUCAGUCUGAUUCUUACACAAGUUAUGAAUCAAUUGAAUCCGAGCAUUUAGGGGCCAGACCAAGAGACAGAACCCAAAAAGGGGACAGGUCAUGGGAUUCGUCUUCACUUUUCUCAUCAUUGGUUGACCUGGUUCCUCAACAAGUUGGAGAACCUGUGGUUCAGGGAGUGAUCAAUGCAUUCUUGGCAAGACACUCCGAAGACAAACAUCUUCAUGAAAGUCUGUAUUACAGCAAUGCUGAGGAGAUGUUGGCUAAGGAUAUGGAUAGCAUGAUGAAUAUGAUUGACUCCAACAAAGCAAAACCAUACCUUGGUGACUGCCAGGCUGCUGCCAUGUCAGAUCCAUAUUACCAACCAUAUUCUUCAGCAUUUCCUCUGCCUAGUGAAGCAUACAUUGGUGAAGAUGGUUUCCCUUUAGAUUACACUUUCAAUGGUAAUUCUGUACUUCCACCUGGACCCUCGUCCAGCUAUAUUGGAGCUAGCAUGAGCCAAAACAGUUAUUUCAACUCAUUUAAUCCUAACAUAGGUGGUGACUUUGCACUUGACACAAGUGAGCCUCAACUUCUCCAAAAUGGGCGUUUGACAUCUUUGCAAAGAAGUGAUUUCCUUCAGUCAGGGUUCACCAGUGCAGGACUGACCUCUGACUUUCUGAGAACUACAGGACCUCAAAUGACACAUUCUGUAAUCGGUACUCAGAGUAACAUCAGCUUUACUGGAUCAACAUCAAUUUUACCUCCAGAGCCUUUGCAAAUGCAAACACCUUCAACCACAAAUGUAGGAUUAUUGGCAAGUUCAGCAGGUAGUACUCCUAUUUAUGGUAACCAAGCAAAUGCUUCAACAGGUCUUCCAACUUCAUCUUCAUCAAGGACUAAUGGAUCCAACAGCAGACUUUUAUCAGGGUUAGAAUCUGGUAGGAAUACUCAUUUGUCACCAGUCUCUUCAAUUAGGGAUGGUGUGAAUACAUCUGGACAUAGGAACUCAAGCAGCAUAUUGAACACAAUUGGCGAUCAUUUGGCCUCUGGAACCUACAGAGAAGGAAACAGUGCUGGUGAUUCUUCAAGCUCUUGCUUAACAUCUACUGCUAAUACAGGAGGAGAUCAUGAUCAAAGUUCUGCCCAGUCCGGUGGUUCAGUGUCAAAUGAAAACUAUGGCACUGAAUCAGUGGAAUCCACUGACAACUCCUUGCUUGAAUUGGAGCAGCGUGUGGAGGAGGCAUGUGCUAUGGUGGAAAGAGUGCUGAGGGAGAGAGAAGAAAGAGAAGAGUUUGGCCGAGAAAUUGAAAGAAAAGAGCGUGAAAUUCGAGCAGAAAGAGCUCGUAAGAAGAGAGAAAGAGAAGCAAGGGAGCUAGAGGAAGCCAGAGGAUGGCCUCAACAGCAGGAACCAGUUACUGGACAGUCUUUGUGGCUUUGUGAGCAUUACCAACGUCAUUGUAGAGUUCGUUUCCCUUGUUGUACCAACUUCUAUUCCUGCCACCGUUGCCAUAACAACUCCAAAGAAUGUGAAAAUGAGGAAGCUAAAGCAAGCCAUGCAACGCACCUUAAAUGCAGCUAUUGUCAUCAUGAACAAGAGAUUGCAGAAGAUAGUGCCAAAUGUCGUAGCUGUGGAGCGAAGAUGUCAGCUUAUUUCUGUGGAAUCUGCAAGCAUUUCACAAGUAUAGACAAAAACCCUUAUCACUGUGAUAAAUGUGGAAUAUGCAGGAUACACAAAGACAAGUCAUUCCAUUGUGAUGUGUGUAAUGUUUGUCUUGACAAACGGCUUCAAGGAAAACACAAGUGCAGACCUGACUCUGGUCAUGAUGAAUGCUGCAUCUGUCUUGAGGAUGCAUUUAGUGGAUGUCAAAUUUUACCUUGCUCACACAAAGUCCAUCGCGAAUGUGCAAUAGCAAUGAUACAGAAUGGGAUUCGCACCUGUCCAGUCUGUCGACACCCACUAUACAGCCCUGCUCCUGAAUGAAAAUCUCUCUUGACAUUUACAAAGUGCUGCAAAUUAACUUCUGCAAUGAUGUUGAUUUGGAAAUUAUUCUUUGAGGCAAAUCACAAUCAAAGUGGUGGAAUCAAGUACUCUCAGGAAGUAAUUGGGGAAUCACAGCCUGGUGAAGCCUAUCCAAUGAAAGAGCCAAUCCUACCUGGUCAAUGUGGACACAAGUUUUACAGUCCAUCACCAGACUGAAAAUUUCAUUGGCACAUUGGUUAUGAUUGGUGACAAAUGAUAGCACCAGGCUCUGUUAACUUUUAAGACAAGCCAUAUUACUUUGCUUGAACUGAAAGAAGUCAAAAUUUAAAUUGUGUUCAAGUUGUUUUUUGGGAAGACGAAUGUGCACAAGUUUCCAUCAUGAUGUGAGUAGGAAUACCUUGUUACCCUCUAACUCCCAGAAUUGAUUGACCUCAAACUUUUCCCAAAGUUUCUAUAUAGUCCAGCAAUCAAGGAAUGAGAAUAAUCAAACUCAUCAGAUAGACGUUUUUGUCUUGAUCUAGCAUCAAAUUCUGGUUAUUAAAUUGCAGUACAAGGUAAUAUGUAGCAGUUUGAGGGGAGAAUUAACAAUCAGUUCUUGGGAGUUAAAGGGUGAAGGAAUUGAUCAACCAUUAUUGGUUGUGCAAUCGAUUAGAUGGCCAUAAAUUAUAUGUACUUAUAGGUUGCAAUCAGAGAGGUUCAGAAGUUUAGAUUUGUUAGCCAGUGGGCCAAAGAUUGAUAUUUGAACGUGUGGCUUGUUAAGGUUGUUUAGAUAAGCAGGAAAAAAAAGGAAAAAAAAUGAAAGAAAUAAAUACAAUCGUUUAUAUUUGAUAUUACAGAAUGGAAUCAUUUAUUCCUAGUUCAAGUUAAAUUUUCUGAGAAGACUGUUAUUUCAAAUCUUGUACUAUAUAUAUUUAAAUAUUUUUAUU